ACUGCGGUCAUCAUCCUGUACCUCGACCGCGGCUCCAAGCUGGACAUGGACCUCGCCAAGCGGUUCGGUCGCACCAUCGGCGCGCACUACCCGGGCCGCGCGCACAAGGCGCUCAUCUACCCGGGCACGCCUCUCGCGUCGCGGCUCUGGGCGGUGGCCAAGCUCUUCUUCUCGUCGGAGGUGCGCGAGAUGGUGCUCCUCGUCAAGGAGAAGAGGGAGGGGAGGGCCACAUUCGCAACCUACCUGCCCGAGGAGACGCUCGCGCUGCUCGGUAUCGAUGCUUGGCAUAACGCGCCGUGGGCCGCGCCAGAGGCAGUGCCGCUGCCGGCGGGCAGGCAAGCCGUCGACGCCACCGCCACCGCCACCGCCACCGCCACCGCCAUCGUCGACGCCACCGACCCCGGGCGAGAGCCGCGGCCGCUGGCGAGUGCCGCUGCCGGCGCUAGCGAGAGCCCCGGCGAGCGGCAGCCGGUAGGGCCGGAAGGGGCGGAGGCGGCGGAGGAGGCUGCGGCGGCGGUGGCCGGCGGCGAGGAAGGGACUGCCACCAGCGGUGCCUGCCCGAGGGUGUCUCUCCAGUCCCCCGACUCGCCCGACGCGCCGCCGCCGGCCGAGAUCAGCUGUGUCGUGGCGCAGGGUGCGCUCGAGGGCGCGGCGAGCGCGGCAGGGCAGCGUGGAGGAGGGCAGCGUGGAGGAGGGCAGCGUGGAGAGGAGGCUUCUUCUCUCGGCUGGCGGUGCGACAUCACCGGCGCGCACUUCGCGACCUUCGAGGAGGC